AUGUUCCUUUUCAACGUGUGGGUAGGUCGAUUUUUGCGCAAAGGAGACGGUGAACCACUACAAAUGGAUGGCACUACCACGACGUCAAGGAGACACCACCGGAUGGAUGGCGAAUACGUGGUCGAUCUCUGCACGAGUCGCGCCGGUGGACAUGGGCGAUUCUCAUGUCCACCGACGAUGGUCUUCAUCCACAAAAAGACAAUUCCCAUGAAAGAGGCAAGCGGCGGAUAG